GCUCUCCCUCUCCUCUCCUGCUAUAGAGGGCUCCAACAGCAGUUCCCAGCCAGUGUGUUCAGCCUGCCUGCCUGCCCGCCUCUGUGUGUGUGUGUGUGUGAGUGUGUGUGUGUGUGUGUGAGCGUGUGCGUGCGUCUACUUUGUACUGUGAGGAACACAGCCCAUGUGCUCUGCAUGGACGUUACUGAUACUCUGUUUAGCUUGAUUUUCGACAAGCAGGCAAGAUGUCCAGCACACCACAUGACCCCUUCUAUUCUUCUCCUUUCGGCCCAUUUUAUAGGAGACAUACACCCUACAUGGUACAGCCAGAGUACCGAAUCUAUGAGAUGAACAAGAGACUGCAGUCUCGCACAGAGGAUAGUGACAACCUUUGGUGGGACGCAUUUGCCACCGAGUUUUUUGAAGACGAUGCCACAUUAACCCUUUCAUUUUGUUUGGAAGAUGGACCAAAGCGAUACACUAUCGGCAGGACCCUUAUCCCUCGUUAUUUUAGCACUGUGUUUGAAGGAGGGGUGACCGACCUGUAUUACAUCCUCAAACACUCUAAAGAGUCAUACCACAACUCAUCCAUCACAGUGGACUGCGACCAGUGUGCUAUGGUCACCCAGCAUGGGAAGCCCAUGUUUACCAAGGUAUGUACAGAAGGCAGACUGAUCUUGGAGUUCACCUUUGAUGAUCUCAUGAGAAUAAAAACAUGGCACUUUACCAUUAGACAAUACAGAGAGUUAGUCCCAAGGAGCAUUCUAGCCAUGCAUGCACAAGAUCCUCAGGUCCUGGAUCAGCUGUCCAAAAACAUCACCAGGAUGGGACUAACAAAUUUCACCCUCAACUACCUCAGGUUGUGUGUAAUACUGGAGCCAAUGCAGGAACUGAUGUCGAGACAUAAAACUUACAACCUCAGUCCACGAGACUGCCUGAAGACCUGCUUGUUUCAGAAGUGGCAGCGGAUGGUGGCGCCGCCAGAACCCACAAGGCAGCCGACAACCAAACGGAGAAAAAGGAAAAACUCUACCAGCAGCACUUCCAACAGCAGCGCCGGAAACAACGCCAACAGCACCGGCAGCAAGAAGAAGACGCCGGCCGCCAACCUGAGUCUGUCCAGUCAGGUACCUGAUGUGAUGGUGGUAGGAGAGCCAACUCUGAUGGGAGGUGAGUUUGGGGACGAGGACGAAAGGCUAAUCACUAGAUUAGAAAACACGCAGUAUGACGCGGCCAACGGCGUGGACGACGAGGAAGACUUCAACAGCCCCCCCGCCCUGGGGAACAGCAGCCCUUGGAGCAGUAAACCCCCCGCCGCUCAGGAGACCAAAUCAGAAAGCGCCCCGCCCCAGGCUCCCCAGUGAGACUGACCCGCACCCGCACCCGCACCCGCACCCGCACCCCGUGGGCCGUGGGCCGUGGGCCGUGGGCUGCACCCACGCUUGCAGAUCCCUGCUUACAGGAGAGGAAGGAGGCGAAAUGAAAACUUUUCCACGCAAAAACCUGUUUCUAAACCACAAUGACCUGAGUUUUGAGUUUCUUUUCUUUCUUUCUUUCUUUUCCUUUUUUUGUUUUUUGGGUUUUUUUUUUUUUUUUUUUUUUUUUGGUCUUUUUUGAAUGGAGAGGAUUAUUCCAAUAAACUUCCAUGACCCUUCCCUGGAGGCCUUCACAGGUAACGCAGAGACUGGCACUGAUCGUAAUUAAAUCAAGAGGGCAGGCUCGCGCUUCUCCUGGCUCGGUGUUUAACCACAUGUUUGUUAACGACCCCCCCUAACCCCCCACCCCC